AUGGCCACCAGCUUACUGCAGACCAAGACCCAUACCAUGCAUUACGCUAAGGAUGGGCCAGUUGCAGAGGCGGACAGCGACGGCUAUGUCAGUGAAAUGUCUGCCGACUAUAAUGAAUGGUGGUCUAGCUCUGAAGGCGAGGCCGGCGACAUAGGCGAGGUCAGCGACAGAGGCGAGGCCGAAGACGCCGACAGACGCGAAGAAGGUGGUAUGCUUGGCGUCGCGGGCGUGCUCAGCGGAGCGACAGACGUGUACCUGCAGCUUGUCUCUACAGAGCACACGCAACCAGCAGCGACGACUGUCACUGCUUCAGCAGCAACAACAACAUCAGUCUCGCCAGCAACAACCCUCCAGGAAGGCGUGGCGCUUCCUGCGUACCAGUCGCCAAGCCUCGCACCAGGCAAAGCUGUCAUCAACAUCAACUCCAAUCGCCAGGCGCAGCUCUUGUCACUGACUCCAAAAGGCACGCGUGGUAUCGUGACCUAUGGCACUCGGCAGCGUGCGAUUGUGCUGUCUGCCCUCCGGACGUGUCCUUUUGGGGGCAGUGACAUGCGCUCGCCGCCCAUCCCGAACGGGACGAGGCAGGCGGUGGUGGUUCGCGGCGGCACCCACUCCUGCAGUGUCGGGGUUUUGCAACCCGGGUAUCUCGGAGGACAGAGGGCCAGCGUGUGUUUCGUGGACAAGGAGGGAGUUGAGGCUGGAGAGGCGACAGCCGUCGAGGCGCGCUUCCUGAACGUCAUCAGCAAGUUGAUGGGCUUCCUUAUGCGGCUCCAAGUGGAGGACGCUGUGGAUUACAACCUCUCCUGCAUCCACCUGUGGGGUCCGGCAGCUAACGUGCUGAGCUCGAUGGCCAGCGACCGUAUUGGUGGAGGAGCUGGCACCGCAUCGUCACCACCAGCCCGGGAGUCAGGAGGACGAGCCCCAUCUCCGCCUCGUCCCCGAGGUGGUCAAGGCCAUCGAGGGUUUCAUCUUCAAUUAGGUCACAGGCACGCGCACAAGCCCGCCAAGGUGCGCCAGCUAGUGCAGGAUAACCUCGCAGAUUACACGCGGCCAUACAUCACCGCAGGCUGUCUAAUGCCUGAGACAGCGGCCGUGUCUCGGCGCUUCAACCCAACGCGUGUAUUCGUCCCUACCAUGCACGGUCAGUGCACCCACACCGUGGCGGCGGAGGUGUCACGACAGGAAGGUGUGCCUCGGAAGGUGUUGUCACCAGUUGCCGGCACGGACUUCUCACUGGAGCUGCACUCUGAGGUGCCUUCCUCGACUGGCAGGGGACUCGGCGCCCCUGCCGCCGCCAAGGUGGCUCACCUGGGCAGGGAGGAGUCCGUCACACUGCGGGGCCUCAGCGCGCCACUCUCGCUGUACCCUGGCGCCACUGCCAUGCGAGCGGGUGGUGUGGCGCUCAACCCUGCGCAAGGGGCAUUGAGGGACCUACUGCAGCUGCAGCGGUUGCUGUCCAGCAACAGUCUACCCUCUGACGCAGUGCGUGCUGUGCAGACAGGCGUGCAGAGCGCAUUGGAGGUGGCACAGGCGGCGGUCGCCGCUGAUUCCCCGGUAGACAUCGGUGGUGUGCAGCGGCCGCCCCAGUCCGGUGGGUCUGAUGGUGAGCGGUUGGUCAUGAACCAGCCCAGCCGGCAGCCUCACCCGACGGACUGCCGGAUGCCCAACCAGAGGAUAGGGCGCAAGCUCUUUGACCCGCAGCGAUGGCGGAAGCGGCAGCGGACGGGUGUGGGCGCUGUACGCUCUGACAAGCAGAUGGUGGAUGGAAAGGGCGCAGGGGAGGAGGAGGCGACGGAGGGAGAGGAGGGGGAGGAGGGCGAGGAGAUGGAGGAUCUGUACCGCAUUGCGGCAAAGCGGCAGCCGCGUACAAAGCCCGGCCUUCGUCAGUAG